UACGGUCCAGUGACCGCUAUAAGUGUUUCGAAGCGUUUCUCUAUCUUAUUCUAUCUCUUUAUCUCUCGGAUUCGAAUGAAGGAAGAGAGAGAAAUAAAAACGCUUCGAGGCAUUUGUAGCGGUGACUAGACUGCACUCCGAGACACGUCACAUGAUGGACGCCGUAAUCGUGCACAAUCCGCCCGUAAAUUGUUUACAGUAGUUCAUUGUGUUCUUAAGUCGCGUUUUCUUAAGUCGAAAUCGACACUUGUGUAAGAUUAGAAACGUGCGUAUUGUGCCGUGCUGUGCGCAAGAUCACAUCGGGCGAUUUCCGAGGGUGCUUUCGGUGUGAAGUGUCAGUGAAAGGACGAAGGGUGUCACGUAAGUGUGUGCCGAGCCCUCGGGAGGACUCGUUAAAAAUUUGCAAGGACUAUCGUGAGAAAAAGAGCCAGAGAUAAGAGAAAAAGUUUAAAUGACAACGAAAAAUUCAAUAUUUUGUGGUCUACUGCUUGUCGACGAACUUCUCUAGAUAACCGAAAAACGCGACAAAAGAUAAAAAGAAAAAACCAGUUAACAAAGUCCAUCGACAGACUGUUAGCAUCUUUAGCGAACGAAAGAAAAACAUGGUCACACAUGCUGUACAGGAAGUCUAUCGGUUGUAACUGACCUCUGCUCUCGCAGAAGAAGUGCGUAGAGGUUAAAUAAGAAGGACCCGUGGCGCAUUCCACAGUCCAAAAAAGCUUCUCCGUGCUUUCAGAGACUUCAUACGUGUCAUUGUCGCCAGAUAAUCUAUCAAGGACUGAUCUCGUAAAGCCUGUAAAGUUUGUUAUCGUGGCCAAACAUCUGGCUGCACCAGAUUUAGCCUGGUUCAUGCCGUUGCGAUGUGUCCCUGUUGAUUUGUGUUAGGUGUAAGAGAAAAAGAAAGAGAGCUGAAAGCCGGCGCCAGGGCGCGUCACUUAGGAGCUUUAAUUGAGAGUUCUCGGGACAGUCAUGGACAUUCCGCUCGACUCGGAAUCCCUGAACUAUCCUUGCUGUAAACUAUAUAGUCCCUUGCUACCGCACUGUUGUCGUAAGAUGUACGAGAAAUGCUAUGAUAUGUCGUGCCUCCUGGUGCAGUAUACCCGCGUAAUCGCAGGCGACGCGGAUAGUAACUGCCUUUUCGUAUUUUUUUUGCGUUACAGGCAGAUACCUGAAUACCUGUAUAGGACGAAAAGCGACGAUCCAGGCGGCUGACUAUGGGCAGCAACACAGACGGAGAUAAUCCGAAUGUCAGCGGUGGUGAAAACGACAUCGGUGACGAACUGAAGAUAGGCGCGGAUGAGACAUACGAUACUCGUAGCGAAGUCUCCUCAAGCAGCUCUAAUUCUGAUUCUAUCUCCAGUCAUCCUAGCAUCAGUGCAAUCUCAAGCACAUCGUCUCGUGGCGACAACAAGCGCAGCAGGAAAAACAGAGGCAAACGGGCAAGAUCCAGGGACACAAAGUCGUCUAGUCCAGAGCCGAAGCGAGCUAAAUCUAAGGAGAGCAAGGGCACUGCCAAGAGUUACGAUUACACCACCAAGUUGAAUUACUUAUUUAGGGAUGCAAGAUUUUUUAUCAUCAAGUCCAACAACGCGGAGAAUGUAACGUUGUCGAAAGCGAAAGGUGUAUGGAGUACAUUGCCUCAGAAUGAAGCAAAUCUGAACCAAGCCUACAAGGAAUCGCGGAAUGUGUUGCUGAUAUUUUCUGUGAAGGAAUCUGGAAAAUUUGCCGGUUUCGCGAGACUUAGUACCGAGUCGAGAAGAGACGGUGCUCCGAUCUCUUGGGUUUUGCCCCCUGGUUUAUCAGCAAAGGUCCUCGGCGGUGUAUUUAAAGUUGACUGGAUCUGCAGAAAAGAAUUACCGUUUACAGCUACGUUGCACUUAUACAAUCCGUGGAAUGAUGGCAAACAAGUCAAGAUCGGUCGAGAUGGUCAAGAAAUAGAACCCAGAGUCGCUGAAGAAUUAUGUAGAUUAUUUCCGGAAGACGAAGGAAUUGAAAUGACACCUAUCCUGCGAAAGUCCAAAGAAGCAGGUAAACACGUGACAAAGUCAUCGCGUUAUCGUGAUAACAAGCCUAUAAACAAUUCGAGAUUUCUACGAAGAGGCGGCCGAGGACGUCGAUUAUUUUUGACUUCGAGAUCGCGUUUGGCCUCGCUAGCUAGAAGUUCUCAUGGGGUGACAAGUGAUCAUAGAAGUUCUAGGGAUCAUCCUCAUCGGUACACGCCAUGGUUCAGUCGAGGAGAUUCUCCUUACACAAAAGGUUACGGAAGUGGACUAGGUGUCGCCGCAGUUGCAGAGGCUUACGUAGCAGAUUAUAUGCGUACUAUGCAACAUCAGUUACCUCCGUUACCUCCGUAUGGCGCUCCACAUCCAUAUGAUACCCUGCCACCACCUCCUCCGCCACCAAGAUAUUACGAUGGCUUGCCACUGCCUCCGGAUUAUAGUGCAACCGCAUCAGCGUUGGAUAAGCGCUACGAGAGGAGUGUCGAUGAAUUUCUGUGGAGAACAGCUAGCCAUCAUCAGCAUAGUGAUCAUCGUUCAUCACGCGAUCAUCAUCACAGAUACAGAGAUCGCAGAUAAAACUCUAAUCUAUAAUGUUCUUUUAUUAAUUCGCCGAUUCCCAGAUCGCUCUUGGUUAUUAACGUUAAAUCGACGAUAAAAUAAUUUGUUGUUCGUUAAUUGAAAUUAAAUUUUGGAAAAUUUUAAGUUCAUCACUGAAAUAAGAAAACCAAACCUAAAGUAAAAUAAAACUAUUCAUAAUGUGUGUGACUAUAAAAUAUAUAUUUUAUUUGAUAUGAAUCAAUUAAAAUUGUAGAUUAAAGCAAAAUGUAUUUAAACAUGAUUGAAUUGAUAUUUCUAUUUAAAUAUUUUUAAUCACAAAUAUCUCCCAUGUGUGUGAAUAUGUACAUAUGUAUACACACACACA